AAUCUGUUUGUCGUUCGGUUGUUCUUGAAUAAGAUGAGAGCAGAUCCGCUGAAUAAUUCCGAUAAAAACGAGUGUAAUGUGAUGGAACUUCUUCAGCAAAUGCUGGGAACUGCGUCACAAGUUCAAGUUCAGUCACCAGUUUCUGUUAAUAAUCCAGGCUAUAAUUACAACGGAUAUGGCAACAAUGGCUACAAUGGACUAAGUGGAUACCCUGGAUAUGGGGGAUAUGGUGGAUAUGGUGGAUAUGGUGGAGGUGGUUGCAGUCCAUGUGAUACAAAUGGUGGAUAUUAUAAUGGUUACGGGAAGUAAAUUUCGUUAGCAAGGCAUUCAAUGUGAAAUUUAUGUUUAUGUAAAUGAUGACAACAUUAAUAAAGUAGACC